UUUCUCGAUUAUUCCAUCAUCUCCGUCUUUUAUAUUUUCUAAGCACUUUACUUUUGCAACCCUAGAUCUCUAAAAUACUAAAUUUUAUAAUUCUUCUUCCAUUCCACCCUUGUAUAUCUUGCAAAGUUCUUUGAUAUUUUUUAAAGAUUGUCAAGAUAUCAUAAACCUCGCCUUUUUUCUUUUUUUUCCUCCAUAUUCCCCGUUUUAUAUUUUCCCUGUCUUUCUCAGAUUUAUUCCUUUUACCCAAUAUUUUCAUUUCUCUUAGUAUUUUAGAAUACAACCAUCUUACCCAUCCAUCUAUUCUACUUAAUUUUAUUCUAGUAUAGAUCCUCUGAAAUUCAUUCUUUUAUAAAAAAAUUAGAGUAAUUUUUGGAAUCGCAUCUCAACCAUCUCAAUUGUGAAAAACGUACUGGUUUUUUAAACAUAUUGAGAUCUAAUUGUAGACAAAGGUGAUAUUUACCCUAAAAAACAGGAUUUCCCAUAAAUCACAAUGUCGUCAAAAAAAUCAUCAGCACCAAAAUUGGAUAAACAAGAGGAUUGUAAGGGUUCUUUCUUAAAUUUACCUCAUGAGAUAUUGGAUUGCAUUCUUAAGUAACUUUCACCAAAAGAUUUGUUCAUGGUAGCACAUGUGUGUACUCACUUGAGGAAUAAUAGUAGAAGUGAUUAUUUAUGGAAUCAACAUGUGGAACAUAAAUGGAGUAAGUUGGUAGGAGAAGACUUUCACAAUGAGUGGAACUAUCAUAUUGGUAAAAUUAGAAAUGAAGAAAGUUUGGUUUUACACCACAAUCAGAGUAAGUCAUAUGGAAAUAUUAGUGGUGAUCACCCAUAUCAACGCCUUCAUUCUUAUUUGAAAAGUAAUAGAGCAUUGGAUGAUUUGAUUAAAAAUCAUUCACAAAUGGCUUUGUAUAUUUGCCUUGAGACUGGUCGCUUUUGGUUUCCUAUUCAAAUAUACAAGGCUACAAAGAAAACAUUAUACUGCUAUGAUGCCCUUGUGAGUUAUGAUUCUAGAACAAACACCUUUCGAGCAAGGUCCACAAACGCGGGAAAACGAUUGGUUGAGCGAGAUAUUGAUUGGGAAAGGUUGAGAAAGCCACCACCUAAAACUUUUCUUGUGGAUUAUUAUGAAUAUAAUAAUCUCAAUGAUUUGAAACCUGGAGAUCGUGUUGAGAUUCAAAAGAGAAGAAGGAGGGCAUUCCCUUACCAUGAUUGGGUGUAUGCUUCAAUUUGCCAUUUCCAAUCAUGUGACCAGGACAUCAAUCACUGCUCUUGCCAAGACAAUGACCUUUUGAAUAUGAUGAUCUACAAACGCAGCAGCAUCCACAAAUAUUCAAUGAGUAAAAGAAUGAGACACAUAAUAAGAUAUGAAGAAUUUAACUUUCUUAAUGGAAUCAGAAAACUUACGGAUGAGGAGAUUGGAAAGUGGCGUAACCUCGACUCUACGCUCUAGUGCCAGUGUGUCAAUAAAACUUGAAGAAUGAUUGCGGUUACGGGCCAAUGAUUCUCAAUAGUUGAUUUUUCCUGUGCAAGAACAACCGGUCAUAUUUUCGCAGGGAUAUUAAUCUGGUGUGGUAUCAAUGAUUUUAGCAGAAUGUAGUAGCUUUACUUUGAUGUAAACUGUCUUGUGCAGGUUGACAUUGUGAAUUUUUAAGCAUGAAAUAUUUUUGACAUUCAAUCUGUCAUUGGUUUGGGUAAAUUGGUUUUCAUUAGAAAUGCUUCGCACAUUGGGAGCGGUCUAUCGGUAUAAUCGAUAUUGUCUAAACAUUUUUUAGGAUAUCCAACAUAAUUUUGAUUGCUUUCUUGUGGCACUUAAAAUUAAUGUGCGACCUUGUAAAGUAAGAUGUUGUAGGAUAGAUUUGGAAUUG